UAUAAUAUAUUUUAGUUGGAGUGGAAGAGCAUUUAAUCAAAUUCAAACCAUCGCCAAAUUUUACAACAUGAAAAAAAUCAUAAUGUCUCGUUUAGAGACCACCACUUCGGGAACUCGUGUACCACCAGUGGCGCUAAGUGCCCCGGAUCCACCGCCACCUCCAAAUUUAAAAAGAAUGGAUCUUCGUCUGGACUGGCAGAGGCCUGAAGUUUGGCCUCCUUUGCCUACAUAUCCCCCACCACAAGACUACAUCCCUAAUCUACAAGGAGGCCAAGAAGAAACCCCCACAGAUCAAACCAUAUGCAGGGAUUUCAUAAGGGGAAACUGCAAAAGAGAAAGGAACUGUAAAUACGCCCACAAACAUGAUUUAUCACAACUGGAAGGAGUGUACACCUUCUGCAGAAACUUUCAAAAUUCAGUGUGCACUUUUGCAAAUUGCAAGUAUGUGCAUGCCACUGUGUUUGAAGAGCAGAAUUUCUACAGGACUGGUGUUUUGCGCGCGCAUGCUUUGCACCACAAAGUGAAUGACAUGCUACAGCCCCCUCCACCGCCUCCACCGCCUCCACCUGAAGAUCCUGUAGCGCCAUUCAAUAUGGACUUUUCGAAUCCACCACCUAUUUUACGAACUGAGUGA